AUGCUCUCCAAAUCCUCCUGUUCAGACAAAGGAUCGGAUUCAAGGCAGAAGCCCAAAUGCACGCGCUGUCGUAACCACGGUAUAUACCCCGUACCUUUGAAGGGCCAUAGAAAUGUAUGCCCCUACAAGAUGUGCAACUGCAAGCAUUGUAUUUUAAUUUUGGAGAGACGCUUGGUUUCGAUGAAACCGGAAAGUCAAACAGAGGGAGUCAGAGAGAAAUCGUCCAAGAAGAAAAAAACUGCAAAGAAAACUAAACAGGCAGAUGUUGCCGAGAAAAAAAACAUGAAGGAACCCUUUAUUGAACCUGCCAAAGCGGAUGCCCACCUCACUUCGCUCUCACAAGGAAAUGGAUAUGAUCCAACCUCCACAGUGAGCUAUCUGCCGAAAACAAUAAACACGGGAGGGGUUUUGGAUACCAAACGGAGUUCUCCUGGCUUACCAAAAGAGCAGUCAAGACAUUUCCCUGAAUGCACAAACCUGUCUAAUCCACCCCUUCCUUACUUUGGUUACCUACACUGCUCCCCACGGAUGCAGAAUUUGAGUCCUGGUGCCCCACCUAACGUCACCAUCAAUCCCCAGGGGUUUCACAGAAUGGUGAUCCCAGAGCAGCCAAAGUGGUACUUGGGUUAUCCACCAAUGGAUUCUCCUAACUACAUUGCACCUUACUCUCAGGGUUUUGCUUAUAACCCAUCAGCACCGAAUUUGAACCCUCAGCGAUCCCAAGAGCCUUUUUAG